AUGAAGUUAUCGACCGUCUUACGCUAUGCCAUCACUAUUUUCUUCAUCCUACAUUGUGUAGAAGCACAGUUAUUAGGCAUCGGUGGUGGAGGUAAAGAGCAGCACAGUAGCGAUUCAGCAUCACCUUCGCAACAUCAACCGGCAACUUCAUCGGCAGCUCCUGCACCUACUAAUAGCGACAAGAAUCCAGCACCCAGUAUAAGCGCUACUCCUACCGCAAGUCAACAACCACAUCAAAGCAAUAAGCCAACGCCUCCCGCACAGCAAACAGACUCAGAAUCAUCACCUUCUGAUGGAAGCACACCAACAAAGGGCAGUGGAAACGGAAGUGGUGAUGGUACCGGAAGCAAUGGACAGGCUGCAGAGGACACCAGUAAUGGUACUACAGGGCCAAAUUCAUCAUCAUCAUCAUCUGGCCAAGAGCAACAGCAGCAAUCUCCAGGAAGUGGAGAUGGUAAUAACAUGAAUAAAACUGCGGUUAUUGCUGGAUCCGUAGCAGGUGGCAUCGUUUGUAUGGCUCUCUUGGCAGGGUGCAUCGCCUGUAUGUGUCGACGCGGAGGGUACACACGCCGAGAACGACGACGGAAUAAGGAUGAGUACACAGCACAGCCUGAAGACUUUUCAAUGGACAUGAGCGAAACUGGUGCUGGAGGAAGUGCUUAUGCACGUCGGUUUGUACCUCCUACAGGUCCAACAAGUGGAGGUUACAUGAAUUUACAAGACCAAUCACAACAACAGCAGCAACAACAACAACAACAGCAACACCACGAUGUACAGUACUACCACGAUCCACAGCAACACGAUGUACAGUAUUACCAAGACCCACAGCAGCAACAACAGCACCAUCCUGGCGCACAAUACUACCAUGCCCAGCUCAGCCAACCGCCCCCUGCAACGGUCUGGACUUCAGGAGCAGCAAAACCAGAUGCUGUCGAGUAUAAACCUAACGAAGUUUAA